UGGGCCUCGUACCCAGGGCUCGGGCCUUUGAGGUUACUUUCGAUUUGUUGAAGUCGGUAUUUAAAUUCCCGAAAUUUAAAUUAGGGAUACUUGUCACAUCAAUAUUAUUAUAUGACUGUGAGUGCAGAAAAUGUUCCGGCAUUAUUUACAAGUAACAUUGAAACGUCUACGAUUUCAGUAAACUAACCUAAAUUGAAACGUAAACCUACAACGGACUGAAAAAUCGUGGGCUUUACUGGAGGAACCGGAGAUAAGUUACGGCAGCUGACAGCGUCCAGGCUAGCAGGUACGAGACGUUUUGUAGCAUUGUUGCAACAUUGCAAUCUGUUUUGUAUGAGUAUCAUAUGGUAGGCUACUAAGUUCUCGCUUUAAAUUGUAUAGCGUAAAUCAGUAUUGUAACAAUUACAAGAUAUUAGGCUUGUAUUGUAGUAAGUUUAUGAUAUUUUGGAUAGGAAACGACCGAUAUUAAUGCACUUGACAAGUAGACAACAAACCUAUGGCAACGGAAAAUAAACACUCUUUCACGAUUUAAGUGUUUUUGUUGAGAUUCACUGAUUUAUUCGUCGUGAUACAGUCAGAAUACAAUAAGAACCUUUCUAUACUAUAACUACCGGGCCGUAGUCUGUUGAUGUUGUUCCGUGUAUUUAAACAAUACUCUAUAGCGGUUACAAAAUUAUGAGGAUGUAUAAAACCGGCGGUAAAAUUAAGUUUUCUAUGUUUUUUCGUUAGAUUCACUGCAUGUUAACACAUGAAGGUUCUGAUAUAGGCGAUAUUUUAACUUUCAUUGCCGUAUUUCCCGAGUAAAACAGAACAAAAUACAAUAAAUGACGUCAAUGAACCACAAAAGCGAAAGUGAAGUUCUAGCAUUUUGAGUAUUUGACUGUAUAACUGAGUUAUCUUUGUCUUGCUUUUAUGUCCUAAACUUUUAGUGCUAAUAAAAGUUACUUAAAAUAUACUUAUACAGUAUGCCAACAGACAAUAAUGAUAUCCUAAGAUGCAAGUAAACCUUGGCUUGUUAGUGUGGGAAAAUUACUCACCUAUUCUUGAAUAUAUCAAAACUAACCCCCUGACGAUUUUGGAAUGUUAUACUGUUUCGAAUUUUACCAGACCUUGCAAUUGUGCCGUGCCAGACGUUUUUGACAUCAGGUGAUAUAUCAUGUAUAUUGUCACAAUCAUUUGUGAAUGUAGCUAUCAUAUCUAACAGUAACGUGGAUCAAAAUAAAUCAAGUCCCUAUAAAAUGCAUCUUGAAGUUAUAACAAACAUGCAUGCAUGGGCAGGUUUUAACAUGCGUGGGCAUUGGUUCAGCGUAGACGCGCUACAAUUUGACUCGAAUCGUAACACUAAGGCCCAAGGAGUGAAACGAGUGACCCAAUAAAACGAUUUGGGCGAGGUCUAGCGAGUCGACUUGUCACGCUUGCAGGAAAUUGCAUCUCCUUGGAGCAAAAAAUACCAUGACAGUAAAAAUGAAUAAUUCAAAACUCCGCAAAUGUAUUUAAUAUUUCCUCUCAGUUUUGUUUUGGUAAACUUCGGGUGCAAAAGCGACAAAUAGACUCCUCGUCUCUAAAAUCCGCACUUUAAGAAAUUGAACUGAGGUCAACUCCGCAGCUAAAUUAUUAAAUAGUAAAUAAUACGAAGCGACUUGUAGCCAGUCUUAGUAAGUCCAGGUUCAGCAUCCGAAAACUGCGUUGUAAAUUACGAGAAUAAUUACGUUUAGCAUAGGCCUUUGCUGCCAUUUUCUCAUUAAUUUUGGACCUGUUAUACGAAAAAUGUAAAUGUUAUGUAAAAUUAUUCGCAGAAUUAAGCAAAGAAGCUCUACUAAGAGUUUACCAAUUUAACGUGUGCAUUGCUCACCUUUUCUGACAGAUCAAAAUGAAGAGGCGCCGGAAACGGCGAAAACCGUCCUUGCAGCCACAAGUGAUUCUUGUUGGAAAUUCUGGCAGGAUUUGUCGAGAUAAUCGACUAUGCCGUCUCCGCAUGACGAAAAAAUACAAGAAUUUUCUCAUGGAACAAGAGAAGGAGAAAAACGCAAAGGUAAUUUUACUAUUUUACAGUAUCUCCGAAGAUUUGACAUUCUUUUUACAAAAUUCUACAUUCCUGAAUAAAAAAUAUCGGUAUUUAGAGGAUAAGCUUUGACUCAAAAUCUUUAGUACUUUACCUUGGCCAGAAUUUGAUUCGUUUAGUUUAACAUCAUUAUUUUUAUUCAAGUUCGUGACGAACUGUUCGUGUAUUUUCAAUAAUUUUAAAAGUUCGGCUUGUUUGUAUAUAUUUUCGUGUAGAUAUCCGAAAUGUCAGAACUGGUUGAACUGUAUGAAAAUUUGUUAUGCCUGAUACACAACCUUAAUCAAGAAAAUGCUAACAAUUCAAACGCAGAUUUAUUACAGGUACGCCAAUGGAUGGGUGGUAGUUUAUAUAGGUUUUGUAUGUAUUUAUAUUACAUUUGAUUUUAACAGUUUGUAAGUCUUUGAAAUCGAUACAUGUAUGCAGGGGUAGCUCGGAACACAUUAUAGUCAUUAUAGUAUUUAGAUUGUGUCAUUUAUAUUGUGACAAAGUAUAAAACUUUUAUAUAAAGUCCAGUGCCUUAAUUUUCUUUGGAAUUAAGGAAUUCCAGUCCUGGGGAGGGAGAAGGGAUUGCUAUAACAAUAAGAAAAGGCUAUAAUUGAGUCAGUAUUCAUUCAUGGUCGUAAGUUAGAUCUGCUACAACCUGGAGAUGGACAUGAAAAAACUGACAGAUAACUAAAACAUCUGACUUCAACAUCAAAUCUGUAUACUGGUGAUAUUUAGCUAUGCCUAUAGUUGUUACUUCUAGCUAGAAGUAACUAUAGUCCUUUAGCAAAAUUUUGUGAUAAGAAUUUGAAAACUGCAUGUUACCGAGCAUGUUACAUGCAUGUUUGGUUUCCUUUGUUUCAUUCAUGUUUCUAAUUGUAGGAAUUAAAAGAGAUGAAAACAAAAUAUCGAGAAAGAUUACUUCACUUGGAGUCAACGUUCAUGGACAGCAGUCCUGACGCCUUAAAUAGUUUGUAUACAGUUUUUUUUUUCAUUUGCAUAAAACUUGCACGAUUACAGAUGCGUGCAUGGAUUGUAAGGUGAUGUUGCACACAAAACGAUUUUCUAUGACGAUUUGCAAUUUGUGGAUAUCGUAGUACUUUAAACUUUUUUGCCUUAAAGUUCAUGCAAUAUUUUGCUUUAAUUUCCAGCCUAACUGCAAUGCCUUCGAUGGUUGAAAAAUUAUUGUUACAGCUUUGUUAAGUUAUUCCGCUAACGUUUCUGCCUGUACACAUGAGAAAAAUAUAGCAAAGUGCCUUUCUGCAAUUAAUUUUUGUAAAGCUUUCCUUGGUAACGUGACCUUUCUGGAAAUUCGCCAUUAAAAUUCCGUUUUUUAUCAGAAUAUUUAACUCGCUAAUUUUCUUCAAGUCUUUUUAUGACUUACUUGUAAUUUGUUGCAUUUUGUCCAAUUAUUAGCAAAAUCAAUCUCGUUUUCUUCUCUUUCAAAACGUACCCAGGAUCAGUACGAGAGAUCUUGAACUGCAAUUCUAAAUUCAAUAAACAAAAGAAAACAAAUCGCAGUGGCUUACCAAAUAAGGGAAAAAGAGAAUUGAAACGUUCCACGAUAUUCAGUGGCAAUGCCAAGGUACAUGGUAUCAAUAAAACAUCACCGGCGGAUUUGAGGAACAGUAUUAACAAAAGUGACCAGGUAUUAACAGUAAUAUAUAGUAAUUCUUUCCAUCGGCAACGUUUUCGCGAUACAUACUGUAAAAACAAUGGCGUAAACGCCGUAGUUAUCGUAUGAGUACUGUCUAUACCGUUAUAUCUCCAUCCACGUUUGUGUGUAUGUGAUUAAAUUUUGGUUAAAUUUGAAUGAAAAAUAUUGCAAAAAGUUUUUCUUGCUUUGCCAAGUAAACUGAAUGCGUAAUUAGCCCAUCAUAUAAUUUAUCUAUUAUACAUGCAUAACUUCAUUUGCUAGCUGGCAGAAGUGCAAUCUUUGAGUGCUCUCUAGUUGUUACAGUAAUAAAUUUUAUCUCUUUAUAAUUUAGAAAACAAAAACGAGUUCAAUUUCUGAAAUGAAAAGCAAUGAAUCUCCAUUUGUAGUAACAAGGUAAUUAUUCUUCAUUUACCAUAAUUUAUCGCUUUUGUUGGGACAGGGCAAUUCCUCGUGCUGCUGAGCACCUAUUUCUAAUAUAAACACAUAUUCUGAUUGGUGUUUUGAAACAAAAGCGAUCAGAGUUUGUUCUGACUCCUACUAUAAGUCGAUUACUAUAUUUUAUUCCCAUAAUCAACUAAUCACAAGGCUUGUUGAUGUAUGUACGGGAUAAUCGCCCCCCUCCGUCCUAUAUGUACUAGAAGGUUCACAAAAAUGUUUUCUCAUUUAGAAACAGUUGGUCUGGUUGCCAUAAAAGUCCCAUCUCUGGUUGCUAUAAAAGUCAAAUCUUUGCACGAAAAAGCAAUUCACAACCACAGGCAAUCAAUAUCGACCUCUUUUCAUAUGGCAAUAAUUUAUAUGAUGUGUUGGCACAAGAACUUGAAGAAGAUGUGAUUAAGUACAAUCUUAUGUUUGGAGCAAAAGAGGUAUAAUUCGAUAGAAUUUAAUUAAAAAAUCAACACAUUUUGAAUAAAAUUUAGAAAUUAUUUAGAGGUAUAUAUAAUUUAGAAGUAUAUUUAUAGAAAUUAUACUUUUGUGUUUCUUGGCGGUAUGUUUGGUAUGUGGUCGUUAUCACUGUUCUUGUUUAAUGGUAUUCUGUGUUUAUGGUCUAUAAACCUGUCAAUAAUAUGACUUUUUUGUGUCUAUUUUGUUUAACGAGUGUACAUUGCAUUAUUAUCAAGGUUGACAAAGAAAAAACUUUGUUUGAACAAGAAAUAUACCAUGGAUUAACUGUUGAUUUAAUCUUACCAUUGUAUGGAGGUAAGUAAUAAAGAUGAGCAGUUUUGAGAAUUAGGUAAUUUGUCUGAGAGGUCGUUGUCACUAAGUUGUAUUUAGGUGUUGUAAGGUUAUCUUACUUACCUGUGCAGUAAAUAGAUAAAGUAUCAUCGUUGUUUAUAACGGAUAGUCAACUCAGGCUUUAGUGGGUGAAAGAGAGCCUGCAAGGAUCCCUAUGAUAUUUACGUGCAUGCGUCCAAUAUUUGGACACAGAGCUCUGAUUGGUUGAUAACUGAUUCAAACGAAGUGAUUGACAAGCUUCCGUCAACCACACUUCCCGUUUGUAAAACCGAACAACGCAAAGCUUCGGAAUUGCGGCAAUGUAGAGAUAAAGUAUCAUGUAUUUGGUAUCCUUGUUGCAUGCAUGUUUACUGUAAUUCCACCUUUUGUUGCAAAAUUUGAACUACAAACAUAUUAAAUUAUGUCCAAUGUCCAUGGUAUAUCAUAUAUGUCUAUGUCUCACCAAAGCCAUAAAUUUCAGUAAGUUAUAUUAUUAAUUUAUUACUAUAGUGCUGGAUAUAUAUAUAUUUAUUGCCGAUUGCAGCAUGAAGCAAUUACAAACAACUGAAUUAGUUAGCGGGUAAUAUACAACUUUAAACUUACUGUGCCUACAGAAACACAUGCAGAUUGUAAUAAAAAAUACAACUUGAUAUAUUACACUGUAAAACCUCGAGCCGUUUUAACUUUUUUAGUAUGCCCCAGUGGCGGUCUGUAUACGAAACUAACGAAAGAAUACAAUAUAAAUGGAGUUCAACGUUUAUCGGUUUAUGUUUACAAUAUUGAAGUGUAUUUCCGGUCUGCGCUUAUUGGUUGUUAUUAAUUGACCUGUGACAUCCUAAUCGAAGGGCGGCAUGCAGUCAUCAUAGGGAUCCUUGCAGGCUUUCUUUCACCCAGAGAGCCUGCUUGCAGGCUACUCGGGCUUUCGUUGAUUAUUCGCUGAACUCACCCAAGUUGUCUAAUUGUUAAAUGUUUAUCUGGCUCCUAAACAUUAUUAGGAAUGGAGAAAGAGAAGAAAAGAAACAAAGAAACGAAAAGAAAUAAAGAAACAACGAUAAAACAGAACAAGGGACGUUUAUUAGGUUUGUACCACAAGUAAAGCUAUUUAUAUAAAAAACGUAUAUUCAAAAUGAUUUGUACUUUUUGUUAAACGGUAUAUGUUUGCAUCUUGCAGAGAAAACACCAAAGGCAGAUGGGGCACCAAAGGCAGACGAAGAAGCAAAGGCUGAGGAAGAACCAGUGGAAGAACCAAAGGCAGAUGAAAAACCAGUGGAAGAACCAAAGGCAGAUGAAAAACCAGUGGAAGAACCAAAGGCAGAUGAAAAACCAGUGGAAGAACCAAAGGCAGAUGAAAAACCAGUGGAAGAACCAAAGGCAGAUGAAAAACCAGUGGAAGAACCAAAGGCAGAUGAAGGACCCGUGGAAGAACCAAAGGGUAAGGAAGAACCAAAUGCUGAGGAAGAACCAGAGGAAGAACGAAAGGCAGAUGAAGAACCAGUGGAAGAACCAAAGGCUGAGGAAGAACCAAAGGCUGAGGAAGAAUGCUUGGAAGAACCAAAGGCUGAGGAAGAACCAGAGGAAGCAGAGAAGGCAGGCAAAGAACCAAAAGCAGAGGAAGAACCAGAAAAAGCACCAAAGGCUGAGGAAGAACCAGAGGAAGAACCAAAGGCUGAGGAAGAACCAAAGGCAGACAAAGAACCAGAGGCUGAUGAAGAACCAGAGGCUGAUGAAGAACCAGAGGCUGAUGAAGAACCAGAGGCUGAUGAAGAACCAGACAAAGGACCAGGGGAAGGACCAAAGGCUGAGGAAGAGCCAAAGACAUUGACAAAACAGGGAGUACAACGCUGGUUCGAAAAAGCCGCCGAAACAUUAGAGACAGAUAUCCAGAAGAUGUCAAAUUUAAAAACGCUUAAUGGCAAAGCAUUAAAAAUGUUAAAAAAGGAAGACUGGAUAAGGAGGUCACCCGAUUUUGGCGAUAUUUUGUUCAAUAUGUGGCAGGAAGAUCCAGAAACAGGCGGGAACAAAAAACGUGAUGAAGGUACGUGGCAUGUGACAUAGUGUCAAUUGAAGGAUAUUUUGUUUUAGUAUUUUUGCACAAGUGAACAUAACAAAUCCUACACGUUGAUUGGUCAAAUUUGACGCAUGUAUAAAGCCGUUAUAUUCACCUACAUGUGAAUAUAACAAAAUCGAAAUUUUCAAAAUGGCGGCUAGCCGUUUUGUGGAAGUUACUGAUAAAGAAAUAAGCGAAAUUAAAAUAAAUUCAGUCCCAAAAACACAAAAGACUUGUGUAAAAAUACUAAAUUCGUCGAGGUGAAUAUUCCCCGAUAAUCACCGAGCCUGAGGCGAAUAAUUGUUAAAUAUUAGAAGCUCUGAAACUUUAUUAUACGUUAAAUACUGUAUUUUGGUCCCAAAAAAGUUUCUUUUCAUUUUUUUGGUGCGAGGUGCUGCACAAAGAAAUCCAUAAUAAUGGCACAGGAAAAAAUGUUAUCGGAAAGAAUACCUCAAAUAAGAAAGCUUAUAGAAAGGUUAACAAUAUAGGUGCUAAAUAUACUGAAAAAUAUUGCGUAAACCAUAUACGAAGUAGCAAAAUUUACUCGUCCAACCCGAACGAAAAGUGGCCUGAGACGAGGCUGUUUAGCUGUUUUGGGAAACGUCUAUUUUAUAUGUCUAUCUGAUUUUAAUUAUUAGGAAUAGAAGAAAAGAAGAAACGAAACAGAAAAGCGAAAAGAAAUAAUCCUGAUGAUUCAAGACCAAACGUACAUUCCCAGAAACAAGAUACUUUGAAGAGGUAUUUCAUUUAAUAACGCCGCCAAUUAAUUAACCCUUUCCAGUAUGACCUCCAUGUACAGGAAGAAACCUAUCUAUCGUUAUUUAUUCAAUUUAUAUGAUUCGGAAAAAAAAUAUAUGAAAAAUAAAAUAUGAAAUACCUCCCGGGUAUGAAGCUACUGAGCUGUAUAUAGACUGGAAAGUGCUCCUAUGUUUUGUCCCCAAAAGUAGCCAAAACAUUGUGGAUUUCAAGUGAUCGCGCUCAGAUUCGGGUUGUUUUUUUUUUAUAGCAGCGACACAAAAAUCCGUUUCGUAAUCAGCCAGGGUCACCAAUAAGGCAAUAACAAUCAGUGUCACCACUUUCGGUGUGCGUCACAUCCGGUGAAUAUGAAAUGAGAUAUUCACCACGCAAAGCACGCGUUUAAAUGUGUGUCCCAACGUGUUAACACGACACAAACAACAAGUAGAGUUAGGCGAUAUUUUUAAAACUCAUCGUGAUUAUCGUCUAGAAACUUAAAAAAGCUUACACAUACGAGACACUGUAUCUAACGAUAGUUACGGUACAUCCUCGCUCACGUUUCUAUCUCCGAUACGAUAAUCAUGGUUAUAAUUCAUAAAUUAAAAACAAAAUAUAAAUAUUUUCGAAAUAUUUAUCUAUUUAUAUAUCUAUAUAAUUAUUUAAAAUUAAAUGGUGGAGAUCAACCUAAACGCUUUUCGUACAACCGACCCCUGCAUUAGAAAAUUUAGAAGUGUGAUAUAUAAUUUAGAAGCGUAGUAUAUCCUUCAUAUUUGUUUGGUAAUUUGUCUUGGUAUUCAAUAGGUCUGCAUCCAUAGAAAUAAUCGUAAUGCAAGUUUUAUUAUUUUUGCGGUAAUUACCACUUUCAUGUUUUUUCGUUUUUUUUAAUAUUCUAAAAAGCUCAAGAAAAGUACGGUUUGGUAAAGAUGAAGCACUUGACGAAAUCAAGAAAUCAUUUUUGCUUAAGGAAUUUGAGAGUAAUGUUACAUUUUUAAUUCCGCAAUUUGGUAGCAUAUUUAUAGUAACUGGUGUAUGUUCGAGUACUCCACAUAUCCAGGAAAAUGUCGGAACACUAUUUAUCAGGGACGACCGUCAGGGAGCCCUGGGCUUUUACAACAAAGUAAAGAUUGUCAUUGUAGGGUGUGAAAGUAAUACACAUAAAGUUGACAUUCUUUUGAAGGAAAUUAACACAAAUAUGCAUGUGGGUGUGAAAGGACGAGUUGAGAAGUUGGACAAAGAGGAUGAUGUUGUAAACAAGGAUUGUUGUAAGAUGUUAAAAUUAGUUAUUGAUUCAGAUGAUCAUGCCCUGUUUGCCGAAGAAACUAAACCACCUAUGAUAAAAAGGGGGUGGCCUGCUGGUUCUGAAAUUGCCAACAGCAUAUAUGUUUCUGGUGCUUUAGGCAAAGCUUCAGAAAAAAAUAAACGUAGUCUACUAGAUAAAAUUCUACAAUACGUCGUCGCUUUCAAAAAUAGCUUUGACGGUGAAAUAUUUGUUGAGAUAACUGGUGGGGAAGUCAGCAAUCGAAAAAUAAAGGAAUGGUGCGAAGAAGUAUCUACGGGUAUUGGACGUUUGAUACCUGAAGCUAAUGAAUGUGCAGAUAUUUGUCAAAAUAUGCAAGAAGCGAGUGAACAUGUUCAUAGAAAUAGAUGCUUUGUCUGCGUACUUCUGCUUUGUAAUGACAGCAGCAGAACAAUUUGUUGGAUCCACGUGCCCAAAGGUGAAGCCAAAGUAUAUUAUAGAAAAAGUUCAGACGCUAACGCAUUCAGGCGGAGAGGGGCAACAACUAUAAUAAUUAGUUAUGAGAAUUUGUGCAGUGAACUUGAACAUUUGGCCGAUAGUCCAAUCGACCCAGUUGUUGAUGAGGAUGAACAGGAUGAAAAAAGGUGUAACUCGCAAGAAGAAUAUACAAUCCUGGAAGAAUUCGAGAACGAAAACCAACACCGCGAGUUUAAGAUGAUUUUUGGAGGCAAUCCAGUCGAGACAAUACGGAAACACUAUCUUGCUCGUUAUGCAUGUGGUUUCCUGAACUUAGAGGGGGGAGAUGGGGGAAAGAUCUUUUUCGGCGUACAAGAAGACAAGGAAUCAAAAAUGGGUCAUAUUGUGGGUAUUGUGCUUUCAACGAAAGAGAGAAAAGACCUCCGCGAAGCAACGGUCAAAACUCUUACAAAUUUUUAUCCGCCAGUAAGCAGGCAGCAGUAUCAUAUCAAAUUUCAUUCUGUUCUUGUACCUUCUGAAUUGAUCGUUAAAGAUACAGGAGGCAAUUCGUAUGCCAUGAUCAAAGUAAAGAUGGAGGGAGGACAAAGUGCCGACUAUAUUGGUCGAAGCGAGGAGCUUGGUACAAAGUGGCCAACGUUUAUCCAGAAUGAGCUUGGAGCUAAAAUUCGUUCCGCUGUUGUUCCAAUCAGAGAUGAAUGUUUCUUUGUAGUGGCAACAAAACAGGCGUCCGUCCAUCGAAAUUUGACCGAGCUUGUUGAAAAAUUUGUAGAAAAGCACUCCAAGAAGUUUGAGUUACAGACAAUCAAUGAAACUGAAUUAAACACUAUUUUGAAAAGUAUUUAUGUAAUGGAGUUGAAUAUAACUGAUCCGUCCCUAUAUCGGUUCCAUAUGACUAAACCAAUAGACACACAUGUAUUCAGCAAAGACAAAAAACAACUGUGUGUAUCUAAGUUAAGUAUAGAGAAUCUGAUGCACAGGUUUAAAUCAGAUUCCACCAGUGAAUUUAAAAUCGAUGAGUUCUUAAAACAUGUCAACAAUUUCAGCCCCGAACAUUCUCAUAUUCUGGUUGCUUCGCCGUUUCAUCUUCUUGAAAAUGAAAGAGAUUUGUACGGACUUGUCAUCCCUAAAUGGACUUUGACGAUAGACUUGGAUCAGCAACCAGGGCAUUUAUACCAGAUAUUUGAAAAACUGAAACACCUUUACCUAACCGAACGCGAUCUAUCUCUUGAAACACCACAAGAUUCUAAACUAGAUUGCUGGCUUGCUGCUCGGGGAAACAGUGAAGACGAAAACUCUCUGCCAGAAGCAAGUCAUGCGGAGUGGAACGAAAGGCACAGAUCACAUGUAAAAGAACUUCUAAAGAAAGAUCUAAAAGCCACCGAGAAAGCUAAUCGUGUCAACGUUGUAGUUUUGUGGGACGAAGGGCACCAAACGUUGGUGGAAGUGUUACGAACAAUUUUGAAAGACGUGAUUAGUUUGAGCGAAAAUGAUAGCACAGUAAUAACGUUUGUCUGUGCAACACCUAAAGCUAGUUCAGAUAUUAGGAGCAGAGUACUAGUGCCAUUUCAAGAGGGUGAUUGGAAUACCAUAUCCAAAGACCGAGUGCAUGUUGCACCUCCAUAUGUACUGACACGAUUUCUUUCGCUCAAACUACCAUCACCUUACUGCCGACCAGAAGAUGAUUAUCAGGUACCCCAUAAGAUUCUUUUUCCGUACUGGGGCUCUCAAAUUAUUCCACAGAUUAUACCUGAACAGCUGAGACAAAAACUUUCAAAUUUUAUAAAGGUAAUCUACAUGACGAAAGUAAGCGAAUCUGAUGAACAAUCGCUAAACGAAGAACGUAGAAAUUUCUUUUCAGGUUCUGCAAUAACAAAUGAUGGCUUGUAUGGUAACAUUGCCAUACGGAGAACAAUAAUGGUUGAACUUGAAAACAAUUUCAAGACACUUGCCGGCGACAAAAAGUCACAUGUCUCGUCCAUUAUUGUAAAAGCGGAUCGCGGAGCAGGAUCGACAACUAUGUGUUUACAAUUUCUUUACGAGCAGCACAGAUUUUAUCCAUGUGCACAAUUAAUUGAAAUAAAAAAUGGCCUUGUAAGCCACAUCGAAGAAAUGAAUAGGAAAACCAGAUUACCACUUAUACUUUUUGUUGAUAGGAAUAUUGCACUUUUGCAAAAUUUCUUUAAUUUCAAGAGGGAUGUCGAGCGUCGAAGUGUAAAGAUCAUAUUUAUUUUGGUUCACCUUGCCGAUGUCGUUAUUGAUGAAACCACGCGUAGAUCCUUCUAUGGAAAAAAAUGGUAUAAAGUAGAGCUUAGACGGGGGUUGGAUGAGAAUGAAAUAAAACAGCUGGUAGACGGCGUUACAAAACUAGCAAAAGGAAAAAAGAACAAAUUGUUAAAAUUUAAAGAGAAGGCCAGAAGAGAUGAAAAGAAGCCACGAACAUUUGCUCAUUUCAGCUUACUUGCGUUCGGCAGUGAAUUCAAAGGUUUGGAACAGUAUGUGAAAUUCAGGCUGACCCGGGCAGAUGAACGUCAAAAAAAUAUACUCGCCUUUUUAUCACUCACUCACGUUUUUACAAACUAUUCUCUUCCAGCAAAUGCUCUUGCUCGUUUCCUUAACAAGAAUAAAGUAAUAUUAGAGGAAGAACUGGAAAACAAGUAUCUUCAAGAACUGUUAAGUCCUCGUGCAGAUGGCAGUGAUUCCCGUCGUAUAUCAUCUCACGAAGUAGCACAGGAAAUUUUAAAACAGUUAAGCAAUGCAAGUAGUGGAGACGAUCAAUUCUGGACGUAUAUUAAAGAUGUAUCUCUUAUGAUGGCUAAGCAUGUGCUGUCUCAGGAUAUCACCACGAGGAAAAUUGAUCGAUUGACAAGAAAGCUGUUUGUGACUAGGGAGCACGAAAGUGAAAAUUUUUCUCGGCUCAUUCGAACUAUGAGAGACACAAGUCCUGAUACUGCGCGGGAUACAUUGAAAGAGCUGGUGGAAGUCUUUAAUGAAAAAGAGAAACAUUCUUCUAUGCGAGCUCAUUUACGAGCCCAUUUAGCUAAGUACCAUAUGAUAGAGUACAACAAUUUCGUGAAAGCGAAGAUGCUAAUCGAGGCUGCUAUUCACGAGCAAGAACAAGACUCCUUUCUACAUCAUAUCCAUGGCGAUAUAAUUCGCUUAUAUGUACUGGAUCUUGUAGAUAAAAUGAGAAAGAAAGAGGAUAUGGAAAUAAUUUUAUCCUAUGCAGAGCGAAGCAGUAAAUGUUUCGAAUUUGUUCGGUCCGAAAGGCCACACAUGAGCCAUGGAUACAUAUUUGAUGCAAUGGUGCGAAUUACUGUUAUACAAGCAUGCAUUAAAUUGAUGGGAGGUGAAACUUUUAGCUUUGUCGACUAUCUAAUUGAAAGAAUCAAUGAAAUUAAAGAGAGCGAUGAUGAUGAUAUUUCCCGAAAUUCACGUUACCUCUUGUCUUUGAUUUCUGACACGCAUGAGUAUCUUGAUGAAAGAUGCAUCGACUUUGAGCAGAAAGAAGAAUGGAAGAAAAUUUUUCUCGACUGCAUUGGCGACCUCACACGUUUGUGUGAUAAACUUGAACAAGAAAAAAACUGCAGUUUUUUCAUUGGUUCAGCUUGGCUGCCUGACAUACUAGUUCAAACACGAAUUUUGCAUCACGCCCUGGAAAUUGAAAAGAAAGUUUUAAGUCCUCAAGAGAUUAAAACAAUGGAAAAAUAUGAUCCAGAUUCAAAAUUUGGAAAUUGUUUCAUGAAAUUAUGGAUUCGAUAUUCGCGUCAGCUAUUGUCAGUGCCAAAUUUGAAGGAAGUAGAGAAGAGAGUGAACGAAUGGAGAAAUCAAGAAGCAUCGCCUCAAGCAGAAUUUUAUUAGUGAGUAUAUAAAUAUGUUAUUAAUCUAUUGCACAUUCAGGGUUUCCCAUAUUUCAGCCUUUCCAAAGGCUAAAAUGCAAUGUCAAAAUGCUGAAAUUCAGUUUCUCGAAAACUACACUGGCGAUUUUCAAAUAACUUUCAAAAAAGAUUAAAAACUUCAUCACAAUGUAUUUUCUGCAAUAAAAAAGGUAGGUCACCGUGGUUAUUUGUCCGCUACAACGGCUUUUUUAGUUUGUAUAGACCAUAUAGAUGGCGACGUCAUGUUGUCAUGGUAACAUGAAGAGUAGCGAUUGUGGGUUAAAAUUACUUUUUUUAUAUAAGAGGAAACAAUGACUUGUGCAAAAAAUUAUUUUUUUUAGAUUCAAAUUAAUUAAAUAGGUUUUAGUUAAAACACUGACGUAUAUUGGAAACUGAAAGGAGCCUCCUUAUAGUAAUUUAAAUUAAAAAACUUUUCUUCAGUUAUUUUUUUUCGCAACAUUUUAAAAAUCCAUAAUGUCCGCGGGCAUUAGGGGGAAAUCCAGGCAUGUUAUAGCAGCCAAUCAAAUUGCGAAAUUCACUAAUACGCAAUUUAUUGCGCGCAUUAAGGGCUAUACAUAAUGGAUUUCGAGUGUAAGUUGCAGUUUUGUCGGAAAUUCAUUUGACUUGCGCCAACACCAGGAACAGUGAAUUUCCACCACUGAAUUUUGUAUUGAAUUUAUUGCAGUUUUGUCGUGCAUGUUUUAAUCGCGUUGGAAACCCGGUCCAAUCGCGAGAAGAUGGAUAAAGCAGAGAAGAUAGAUAGAGCAGAGAAGAUGGAUAAAGCAGAGAGGUUAACAAAAUAUCAACAAUCCAAAAGGUGUAAGAAGAAAGACGAUUUUGUUCUUCCUCUUGAGUGGCUACAUCCGAAACAAGGACGUCAUAUUGAGUUAAUUGAUUGUCUGCUCCACCAUGACGAUCUCAUCAAAGGGAAAGACACAAAUAUAUCUUCACAGUCUGACAAAACAAAACUUAUUGAACGUUGCCUUUUUGAAGAAAGUAUUACCCAAUGGGAAGGAACUGUUAAAGACAUUCGUAGUGCUUGGAAAGGUACUAUUACAUUUAAAGAACGCCUUCCGGUUCGGUUUGUACCGUUAAACGCACAGCCGUCGAUGCCAUCAUUGGGUGAUACGGUAAAGUUCUGCUUGUCGUUUGACCGUUUUGGUCUUAGUGCCUGGCAAGUGAUGCACGAAGCAGAGAUACAAUAUAGUGACCUUUUUGACACUGCUGGUAGAUAUAGAGACGAUGAUUCUUCGUCUGAACAUAGCGAGCAAGAAGAUGUGCAUAAAGAAGACUUUUUUGUUGCUCCAUCACUUUGUUCUAUUCGCAUCCCAGAGCCUGACGAAAAGCAAACCAGAAAUGAGAACAAAGGUCAACAACCGCAAGAUGAAGCAGUCUCAAAAAAACUCACCAAAUGGGUUGAACAAAGGAAGCAAGGUGUAGUUUCCUUUGCCAAUCCUGAAAUGGGUGCUGGGUUCAGGGAAAACGCAGACGUGGAGGAUGAACCUUUCUUUCGCCAUGCACAGCUAAAGGAACCAGUAAAGAACCUCGAAGGAAAUAUUGUCAAGGACAUGUUGUUGGAUUUGAAGAUUGAAAAGUUAACACAACCAACUCGUGCUGCAGAUGUUCGUGUGCUGAAGGUAAGCAAAUGUAAAAUAUUAUUUUUCCGAUUGAGAUGGGUAUGGGAGCCUUUUUCCCCCUUCGUAUUGCUGCAUUGCAUCAAUGGCGUGGCAGCUUGUUGUGCGAUAAUCCCCGAGCCAUUUGUGUUUGGUCUCCCAACUGGAACCAUCUGGAACUAUAAUUGGAUAAGGACAAAAAAAAUUUUCAAGUGGAAAACCGGCUUAAGCGGCGUUUUGGGCGAGGUUUUGGGCACAAGCUCCAAAAUUUUUCAUGCCUGAUACACAGCUUUGCUCAAGGCUGCAUGUGUAUCAGGCAUGACAAUGCAAACAAUAAUCCUGUUGUUUGUUUACGAAAAUUGCAAUCAAAUUGGCUACACUCAAUCCAUUUUACAUUGUUUUCAAAUAAAAAUAGAGAGCAUUGUUUUUUUUUUAAAUGGCCAUUAACUUGGCUUGAACAAGAGAGGGUUUCCCUUCAAAAUAGGGAAAAUGAUUGUGCAAAGGUUCAUAAGACAAUAAAAUUGAAAGAAAUUAAUGUUUGUGUAGACAACAGUUCAUUGAUAGUCAACAAAUGGUUAAAAUUUCCGCCCUGCAUUAAAAUGUCUGUCAAUUUGUGCCUGAUUCCUCCAUUCGAAACACUGAUAUGAAACACAAAAUACGAUUUUAUUCUGAUGUAAUUACCAGUCUGUCUGCAUAUCUACUUUUCUGCCUCGGCAGACUCUGAGUUUAUAAUAAUGUUGUUAAUUCUGCUAAAAUGAAUGGUGAAAUUAUUUCUAAUUGUAUAGGAAUUGGAAGAGAUUUUAAAAACAAAAUAUCGAGAAAGAUUGCUGCAUUUGGAGCCAAUAUUCAUGGACAGCAUUCCUGAUGCAAUAAAAAGUUUGUAUACAGUUUUUGAUUUCCAUAUAAACAUGAUGUUGGAUUGUAGUUUUAUCAUAUGGAGAAUUACCUGAAAUUCUAAUCAGUGAAAUGAUUGAUAAAUUGAACACAGUGAUGAUAGUGAGUUCACUCCAGUCGAAAGUAACUUAAACAACUUCGUGCUUUUGUAUUUCCCGCAGUUUAACUGAUGCACAUUUGUUUUAUGUCUAUGCGAUAAGACUGACAUUGUGAUUACAUAUGUCAUACGCAAUGAAACCAAUGAAAUCUAAGACCUUUUUAAGAUGUGACCAUGCACUGAGUCACAUAGCAUGACUUUGCAUGCUGGAAAGUAGUGAUUGAAUUUCCCCAUUUGUAAAACUCGCACAUAGAUAGCCCAUCGAUUGCGGGGCAAUUAAAUCGCUAGUUUUUCUCAAGUCAUUGCUUAUAAUUAUAAUUUGUGUCAUUUGUUGCGUUUUAUCUAAUUGUUAAGAAAAUUAAUCUAAUUGUCUUCUCUUACAGUAUCUUUGAAAACUUAUCCAGGGCCCAAGAUUAGGAGUUCAAUUUCUGAAACGAAAAGCAAUGAAUCUUCAUCUAUAGUGACAAGGUAAUUCCACUUUUGCGAUUUACAAACUCAUGGCCUUUAAUAUAUGGGUAAAAUGUACACUAAAAUUGUUAAUAUUUUUCACGCAAAAAUGGGUAAAACUUAUCUUUUAAUUAAAUUUUUUUGCUGGUUUUAAAAGUUAUGCUGUUUUUAAAAACCACAUUAAAAAUAGCUUGCGCACAAAAAUGGAAGAUUUAAAACGCUAUUUGAAAACAUAGGAUGCAAAUCAGUCGUGCGUUAAAAGAUUAUGCGUGAAGAGAAAACUGCAAAAAAGUCCAUGUUUAAGAGGUCAGGUGUUGGUGGACUUGAUGUAUAUCAGCUUCGAGAAUCAUUAUUAUUAAAACAAACAAACGCGCUAAUGUUCCUUACAUGCAAAGCGAAGCAAUACGAUGCAGAUUUCAAACUUUACCACGGACGUCCCCUGACAAAAUGAGCCCGUGCAAAAUUCAGAGAAAGAUCAUCAAUAACUUGGGGCCGAUACAUGUACGCUUGCCGGACCUAUUUCAUCUUUAUGUACCAGUCACACUAGGUUUUGUCUAUGUGGUUUUAUCCCUUUUCCCGCGUUUUGUACCUGUUUCCGGCAUAAAUGAUUGAGUGCAUGAAGAAAAGCUGAGUGGGACCUAGUCUUCCUCGUAGCUGUUCUUUGUGUCAUAAGUGGGAUCAUUUUAGAAAUAUAAAUUGCAGGCCAUAAUUUAUUUGAUCUGCCAACAAGAAAAUAGUUUGUCAGGCUAUAUUUUGUUUCUAUUUUGAGCCUCGACUUGAAAAUAUCCCUUCAUUAAUCGGAGUUUAUAGGUUUGCACGAGGGUUUACAUUUGAAAUUGAAUAUCUUCUAAUUUUGAUUUUGGACUGCAAUAUGUGUGCAGGACAAUUCAUGAAAAUGUUUCCUCGUUUAGAAACAGUUGGUAUGGUUGCUAUAAAAGUCAAAUCUUUGUACGAAAGAGCAAUUCACCUCUGCAGGCAAUCAAUGUCGAUCUCUUUUCGGUGGGCAAUAAUUUUUAUGAUGUGUUGGCACAAGAAUUUGAGAAAGACGUGGCAGAUUACAAUCUUAUGUUUGGAGCAAAAGAGGUAUAAUGCUAUAGAAUGUAAUUGGCAAAAUACUUAUAAAUUUCUAUUGAUGUUGUGCCCACACCAUAUUGUUUUUUAGUCUCACGUUGCUAAUAAUAAUGCUAACGUGUGGCUAACCACCUGGUACGAUGGCAAUGCAAUAUUCUUUUCAACCUUGCGUUUUUAUAUUUCACUGGGUAAACCACGAAAACAGGAACUGCCUUUGUAAAUGCCUUCAAAUUUCAAGUAUCUCUCUAUCGGCCUCCGUAAUGUUCUACGUCAUGUAAUUCGAACUUAAGCAGAUUGGAGAAAAAAGGAGCGGCAAUUAGCGGCAAGUCUAUUUAUUUGUUCUUACCAGGUUGUGACGCCAUGUGUGUAUCUAUUAUACUGAAUAAGUAUAAGGCGAAUUGUUAUCUAUUUUUUUAACAAGUGUGCAUUGCAUUAUUACCAAGGUUGACAAAGAAAAAACUUUGUUUGAACAAGAAAUAUACCAUGGAUCAACUGUUGAUUUAAUCUUACCAUUGCAUGGAGGUAAGUAAUAAAGAUAAGGAGUUUUUAGAUUAGGUAAUUUGUCUGAAAACAGAGACACAGAAGAGAGACAUAUACAGAAGGUCGACUUCUUGGUUUUGCCUAUGAUUUUGGCGUAACCGUUGCAAUGCUGUCGCCAUGGCCUAGCCAGUGCGGUUAUGAGAGGCAUUCAUCCCCCUGAAAAUAUUCAAAAUGGCGGACGUUCAUUGGGGUGAAUGCCUCUCAUAACCGCACUGACUAGGAACAUAGCGACAGCAUUUUGAUGGCGAAUCAUGGCGUGGCAGCGGUUACGCUUUUUUAACUGAGUCGACCUUCUGUAUGUCUCUAUUCUGUGACUGAGAGCUCCUAAUAGUUCCUAAUAGUAAUACAGUCUGCAUGUAGUAAUAAUAUGUGUGCAUGACGUCAUGUAACAAACCUGGACAAUUUUAGGCAAUAUGAGGUUGCGUAAAAUUUCGAUUUAUAAACCUUUUAUUAUAGUUAUAUAUUAUUUUUAUGUCAAGUAAGCGGUAAUUGCCUUAGUGACCGAGUAAACGAAAUCGCAAGUAGAUUUCCGAAACGAAGAGAUUUUAAAGUUUACAGGUCAGCAUGCGCAAGUAUUGCUAAGGUCUUAUAGGAAUAGAAAUAUGUCGUUGCCAAGUCUAAGCACAAGUUAAUUAAUAGUAGUGAAAAUCAAACAUUGGAAGAGAUGUAACAAUCUAAGCAUUAGACUAUCCACUGAAGCUAUCAUGAGAAACAUUUAUUCUAAUAUGUCUAUCUGUUUUUUAAUUGUUAUUAGGAAUGGAGACAAAGAAGAGAAGAAAUAGAAAACCGAAAAGAAAUAAAGAAACAACGACGAAACAGUACAAGGAACAUUCAUUAGGUUUGUACCGCUAUUUAUAUGAAAACGUUGUACUAGUUACUCUUUGUUAUAUGGUAUGUAUGUAUAUAUUUGCAUCUUGCAGAGAAAGGACCAAAGGCAGAGGGAAAACCAAAGGAAUUGACAAAACAGCAAGUACAAAACUGGUUCGGAAAAGCCGCGGAAACAUUAGAGAUAGAUAUCCAGGAGGUGUCAAAUUUUAAGUCUCUUAAUGGCAAGGCAUUAAGAAUGUUAAAAAAAGAAGACUGGAUAAGGAGGUCACCCAAUUUUGGCGAUAUUUUGUUCAAUAUGUGGGGGGAAGAUCAACACACAUUCACAGAAACAGACGGGAACAAAGAAUGUGAUGAAGGUACAUGGCAUGCAACCUAGUGUCGAUUGAAAGAUGUCCUGCUAUAAACUGCCGGUAGUAAAAAGCUCUGAAACUUUUAUUAUACGUUAAAUAAUUUAGUAGUCCCAAAAUGUUUCUUUUCAUUUUUUAUGCGAGGUGCUGCACAAGGAAAUCGAUAAUAAUGGCACUGGAACCUUUCGUUAUGGAUUCUAAUUCGUGGAUGCAAAGCAAUUAAAUAUAAAACGAAAAAAUGAAUACUAUUAUUGACUUGAUCUAAAUAAUAUUAAGAAAUUAUGAUGGCACAACUUAUGAUAGCCUCUUAAUGCAGUUAUAUUCAUGUAGACAGCGGACUUUAAAAUUUAGUUAUAAACAAAUGUGAAUUAGAGUCUUGGGCAAAAUACCUUUUAUCACUGCCACUCGAAACCGAAGCGAAUAAAGAUGUUGAACAAUACAAAGUUCAAAACGGCUCACGGAUCCAAGUUCCCUAAAAUUCCUUGGGAAGAAAUCCCAGUAGUCAUUAUAAUAAAGUAUUUUCUUGUUUAAACCUAGAAAAAAGAGCUUCAUUAACGCAAGAAAGCGAAAGAGAAGAAGUUCACGACAGCUUGAAUGAUCCUGAUGAUUCAAGACCAAACGUAGAUUUUCUGAAACAAGAUACUUUGAAGAGGUAUUUUAUAUCAUUCUAGUUUUAAUAUUAUUCUAGUUUUAAUAUAGUCACCAAUUGAUUAACCCUUUCCAGUAUAACUUGCAUUUACCAGAAGAAACUUAUUUAUCAUUAUUUAUUCAGUUCAUUAAAUUCCGACUGGUCAAUAGAUGUGUUACAGAUUGAAACUAGACUUGCGCCAUAAAUGUAAACUGGAGAGUUCCCCUAUCGUUUGUUACCAGGUGAUCUCGUGUUCGUAUUUUAGCCAAUCAGCGCUCAGAAAGGGUUGUCCGAAUAGAAAUCCAUUUUGAUGUAUUCAGUCAAUUAUAUCUUUCGUUAUUCUUUAUGAAACUAGUUGAAAUUUUGUAAUUAUGUUUGGUUAUGAGAACUAGCUCUGACAAAAAUAUGGAAUCGAAAUAAAGUAUAUUACAGGAGAUAUUCAGUUGUUUUAAUCAUACAAUGGAUUUCUAUUUGACAACUAGUGCCAGUACUUUUCCGCGUAUCAAGAUCACCUGGUAGUGAUAGUGGUGUCAUUGAUAUUUAUCUUGAACUGUUUGUGCAUGUGUAGUUCGUGCCAAUAAUAACAAAACUUCGGUUGGUAAAGACGCAACUUCCUGAAAAAUACAAGAACUUCGACGUUUGGAGUGAAAGCCCUUCAUCGGAAAGUUAGUUAGUUUAAAUAAUCAGACUGGAUCCUGAGAAACAGAUCAUAGUUGGUAAAAUGGUCCCAUCACAAUAAUAUUUAAAAGGGUCCAAUGCAUGUCUCAGGCUAGGCCGUGAGUAUAACAAAUAAAUUAAAUAUAAAAGAUAUUUUUUUUAAAGAAUUAAAUACCAUAUUUGCUCACACUGCUACAAAGUUCGCAGUUCGAUUGACUACUACGUCACGAAGUUCGCAAGUUCAGAAAUAAUGAACAAACUUUGCUAAGCUUUCGUCAAAAUUUUUAUCUUUAUGAAAUAAUCUGUAAAAUUAAACAGUGGAGAGCGACUUAAACGCCUUCCGUUGUGUUAGAAAACAUAGAAACAUGGUAUAUCUUACGUAUAUUUAUUUGGUUUGUUUUUGUAUUCAGUAGGUCGGCAUACAUAUUUUGCAACGUAGGCCUAUAAUUUUGACUGUAAAGAUUUUUAUGUUUCUCUAUUUUCAAUACAUUCUUAUACAGCUCAAGAAAAGUACUGUUUGGUAAAGUUGAAACUCUUGGCGAGAUCAGAAAAUCACUUUCGCUUGAAGAUUUUGACAAUGAUGAUAAAUCUUUAAUUCCGCAAUUCGGUAGCAUAAUUACAGUAACUGGUGUAUGUUCGAGUACUCCACAUAUCCAGGAAAAUGUCGCAACACUAUUUAUCAGGGACGACCCUCAGGGAGCUGCGAGCUUUUACAACAAAAUAAAGAUUGUCAUUGCAACGUGUGAAAGUAAUAAACAUGAAAUUGACGUUCUUUCGAAGGAAAUUAACACAAAUAUGCAUGUGGGUGUGAAAGGAAGAGUUGAGAAGUUGGACAAAGAGGAUGACAUUGUAAACAAAGAUGGUUGUAAGAUGUUAAAAUUCAAAUUGGUUAUCGAUUCUGAUGAUCAUGCCCUGUUUUCACAAUGCUGGUGGCCUCUGCAAGCUGGUUCUAAAAAUCCCAACGUAGGUGAUUUUGUUGUCGACGACGAAUCGGAAAAGGUAUAUUGUGACGCCGAUGUUUCAGACGAACAAAUACUGCAAUACGUUGUGGCUUUCAAAAAUAGUUUUGAUGGCGAAAUAUUUGUUGGCGUUGAGAAAAAUGGUGAGAUAACGGGUAUGGAAGGUAGCAAUGGAGGAAUAAAGAAAUGGUGCGAAAGAAUGUCUGUGGCUAUUGGAAAACUAUUACCUGAAUCUAACGAAGGUGCAGAUAUUUGUCGGAAUAUACAAGAAGCGAAUAAACUCGCUCAUAGAAAAAGAUGCUUUGUCUGCGUACUCCCGCUAUACAAUGACAGCAGCAGAACAAUUGGUUGGAUCCAUGUGCCCAAAGGUGAAGACAAAGUAUAUUUUAGAAAACCUUCAGACGUUCACGCGUAUAAACGCAUUGGGGCAGAAAAUAAACGAAUAACUAAUUAUAAACAACUGUUCUAUGAUCUUGAUUCUUUGGCCAGUAGGCAAAUCGAACCAGUUUUUGAGGAAGAUUGUGAUGAGAAAAACGAUGAGCAGGAUGAAGAAAAAUCAAAAGAAUAUAGAGUUUUGAAAGACGUCAAGCACGAAAAUCAGCACCACGAGUUAAAGAUGAUUUGGGGGGACAAUCCAGUGGAAACAAUACUGGAAAAACAUCUUGCUCCUUAUGCAUGUGGUUUCCUUAACUCAGAUGGGGGAAAGAUCUUGUUUGGCAUACAAGAAGACGAGCAAUCGCAAAUGGGUCAUAUUGUGGGUACUGUGCUUUCAACGGAAGAGAGAAAAGUCCUCGUCAAAAGAACGGUCAAAACGCUUAGAAAUUUUUACCCGCCAGUCAGCAGGAGUCAAUUUAACAUCAAAUUUCAUCCUGUUUGCGUACCUUCCCAUUUGAUUGUUAAGGAUAGAGGAGGCAAUUCGUAUGCCAUGAUUACUGGUCGAAGCGAGGAGAUUGGAACAAAGUGGCAAAAGUUUAUCCAGGAUAAGCUCCUAGAUGGAAGCCAUUCCGCUGUUAUUCCAAUCAGAUCCAAACGUUUUUGUGUAGUUGCCACAAAACACACGUCCACCCAUGGAAAUUUGACCGAACUUGUUGAAGAAUUUGUAGAAAAGAACCCCAAGUUUGAGUUACAGACAAUCAAUCAAACGGAUUUAAAUGCUAUUUUAAAAACUAUUUGUGUAAUUGAGUUGACUGUAACCUGGUCUCCAUAUCCGAUCCAUAUGACGAAAACAAUAGACACAUAUGUAUUCAGCAAAGACAUAGAAAAGGGACUAUGUACAUCUAAGUUGAGUCUAGAAGACCUGAUGUGCCGGUUUAAAUUGGAUUCCACCAGUGAAUUUAGUGUUGAUAAGUUUUUAGAACAUGUGAAAAACUUCGAUAACGCAGGAAAUUCAUAUAUCCUGGUUGCUUCACCGUUUUAUUUCCCUGAAAAUGAAAGAGAUUUGUACGGGCUUGUCGUCCCUAAAUGGACUUUGACUAUAGACUUGGAUCAGGACCCGAAGCAAACAGGUCAUUUAUAUCAGAUUUUCCAAGAACUGAAUGACCGUUGCCAAACUGAGCGAGAUCGAUUUCUUAAAACACCUCAAGAUUCUAAACUAGAUUUGAAUUCCGACCACGCAGUCUGCUGGCUAGCUGCUCGGGGAUAUCGUGAGGACGAAAACUCUCUGUCGGAAGAAAAUCAUGGGAAAUGGAUCAAAUCACACGGAUCACGUGUAAGAGAACUUUUGAAUGAGGAUAUAAAAACCAGCGUGAAACCUAAUUGUCUCAAUGUUGUAGUUUUGUGGGACGAAGGGAACCAAGCGUUAGUACAAUCGUUACGAACAAUUUUGGAAGACUUGAUUUGUGUGAACGGAACUGAUAGCACAGUAAUAACGUUUGUCUGCGCAACACCUAAAGCUAGUUCAGAUAUUAGGAGCACAAUAAUAGUGCCAUUUCAAGAGGGUAAUUGGGACACCAUAUCCGAAGACCGGGUGUAUGUUGCACCUCCAUAUGUUCUGGCACGAUUUCUCUCGCUCAAACUACCAUCACCUUACCGACCAGAAGAUGAUUAUCAGGUACCCCAUAAGAAAUUUUUUCCGUACGGGGGCUCUCAAAUUAUUCCACAGAUUUUACCUCAACGACUGAGACAAAAUCUUUCGGGUUAUAUAAAAGUAAUGUACAUGAAGAAAAGAAGGAAACUUGAUGAACAAAAGCUAAACGAGGAACGUAGGAAUUUCUUUUCAGGUUCUGCAAUAACAAAUGAUGGCUUGCAUGGUAACAUUGCCAUACGGAGAACAAAAAUGGUUGAACUUGAAAAAAAUUUCAAGACACUUGCCUGCGACAAAAAGUCACAUGUCUCGCUCAUUUUUGUAAGAGUUGAUCGCGGGGCAGGAUCGACAACUAUGUGUUUACAAUUUCUUUAUGAGCAGCACAGAUUUUAUCCAUGUGCACAGUUAAUUGAAAUAAAAGAUGGCCUUGUAAGCCACAUCGAAGAAAUUAAUAAAAAAACUAGAUUACCACUUAUACUUUUUGUUGAUGAGAAUAUCGCACAUUUGCAAGAAUUCUUGGAGUUCAAGAAAGAAGUUGAGCGUCGAAAUGUAAACGUCAUAUUUAUUUUGAUCGAGCCUUCUGUGGUUAGCGAAUCUUUGCCCACACGUAAAGCGCGAACUAAAAGUGCUAGAGAUAGUUCCUUGUAUGGACCGAGUCCGUAUAAAGUAGUUCAGCUCCAACGGACCUUGGAUAAUGAUGAAAUGGAACAACUGGUAAAAGUGCUUACUGUGCUAGCAAAUAGAAAGAAAAACGAAUUGUUGAAAUGCGAAGACAAGGCCAGAAGAGAUGAAAAGAAGCCGCGAACAUUUGCUCAUUUCAGCUUACUUGCUUUCGGCAGUGAAUUCAAAGGUUUGAAACAAUAUGUGACAUUUAGGCUGACCCGGGCAGAUGAACGUGAACAAAGUAUACUCGCAUUUUUAUCACUCACUCACGUUUAUACAAACUAUUCCCUUCCUGCAAUUGCUCUUGUUCGUUUCCUUAACAAGAGUAAUGUAAUAUUAGAAGAAGAACUGGAAGACAAAUAUCUUCAAGAACUAUUGAGUCCACGCACAGAUGACAGUGAUUCUCGUCGAAUAUCAUUUUAUGAGGUAGCAAAGGAAAUUUUAGAACAGUUAAGUGCAACCUCAAGCGGUGCGAAGAGUGGGGGCGAUCCUUACUGGGACUAUAUUAAAUAUGUUUCUGUCAUAAUGGCUAAACAUGUGCUGAGUAAGUAUAUCACGACGAGGAAAAUUGAUCGAUUAACAAGAAAACUGUUUGUGACUAGUGAAUACGAAAGUGAAAAAUUUUCACAGCUUAUUCGAACUAUGAGAGACACAAGUCCUGGUACUGCACGAGAUACAUUGAAAGAGCUGGUGAAAGUCUUUGACGAGAAAGAGAGACAUUCUUCGAUUCGAGCUCAUUUACGAGCCCACUUAGCUAAGUAUCAUAUGAUAGAGUACAAUGAUUUCGUGGAAGCGAAGACGCUAAUCGAGGCUGCUAUUGACGAGCAGGAACAUGACUCCUUUCUACAUCAUAUCCAUGGCGAUAUUAUUCGCCUAUAUGUACUGGAUCUUGUGGGUAAAUUGAAAAAGAAAGAGGAUAUGGAAAACAUUUUAUCAUAUGCAGAGCAAAGCAGUAAAUGUUUCGAAUUUGUUCGGUCUAAAAGACCACACAUGAGCCAUGGAUACAUAUCUGAUGCAAUGGUGCGAAUUAAUGUUAUGCAAGCAUGCAUUAAACUGAUGGGAGGUAAAAAUGUCAGCUUCGUGGAUUAUCUAAUUGAAAGAAUCAAUGAAAUUAAGGAAAGUGAUGAUGAGGAUAUUUCACCAAAUUCACGAUACCUCUUGUCUCUGAUUCCUGACACGCAUGAGUACCUUGAUGAAAGAUGCAUAGACUUUGAGCAGAAAGAAAGAUGGAAGGAAAUAUUUCUAAGCUGCAUUGGCGACUUAACAAGUCUUACGCGGUUGUGUGAUAAAAUUAAACAGGAAAAAGAUUGUAGUUCGUUCAUUGGUUGUUCAACUUGGCUGCAUGAAAUACUUCUGCAAACCCAAAUUUUGUACAAUGCAUUGGAAAUUGAAAACAGGGUUCUAAGUCCUGAAAAGAUUGAAUCAAGAUUAAAGAAAAUGGAGGAAUAUGGUUCACAUUCAAAAUUUGGAGAUCGUUUUAUGAAAUUCUGGAUUCGAUAUUCGUGUCAGCGAUUGUCUGUGCCAAAUUUGCAGGAAGUAAAGAGGAGAGUGAACGAAUGGUCCAAUAAGAUGAAGAAGAGACGGGUAGCAUCGCCUCAAGCAGAAUUUUAUAAGUAAGUAUAUUUUUAAUAAUACCUCAACUUUAAAUUGUCCAAUCAAAGAGCAGCAUUUGUGCCACAUCACAUGACCUUGUGAUUUUGUCUUCUUCUUAAUCUCCUUUGCAGCCACUCUUUGUGUCGGGGUUUCUUUCCACGAGCAGCUGCUCACUCGAGCACAACAUUCCAUUCUCUUUGUCUUACGUUAGCCGAUCAGAUUUAGCGACAUAAAUAUCUAAAUAAAUUUAGCGACAUAAAUAUCUUAACAACUCCAAGGUCAUGUUUCCGAAAUUUAGAAGCAUUACUAUGAUUGGUUGUUUUCAGGAAAGGAAUGUUUUACUCGAGUGAGCAGCCGCUCGUGGGGAGAAACUCGACACAAAGAGCGGCUACGAGGGUGACUACCCAAUUCUAUGCAAUUCUUACGCAAUGCAUCAUGAGAUUUUAUAAUAUCCAGCGGCAGAUAUAGCCAUAAUGUUUUUCAUAUUCAUAAAAAUAUGAAAUAUUGUAUUUUGUCCAUUGUCCGAGAAAAAUUGAUAAAUGUCCGACCAAUUUUUAUCUUGGCCGGACAUUUGACAUUCCCAGCAAAAUAAUUAUUUGCAGGCCUGUUCUCCAGUGCUUGUUCGUUUUCGUUUAGAAACACUUUAUAUAAACACUUAACGUUUUUUGAAACACUUAUAAAAGUUUAUUUUGUUUUUAAAUGUAUUUUCCUGCGACAUUAAAAAUUCCAUAAUUUCACGGGCAUUACGGGGAAAUUGUGCCUCAAAACAAACGCUUUCUAUAUAAAAAUAGAAUUAUUCCAAAACGUAAAACAGUUAAUGCCCUAAUACGCAAUCUAUUGCCCCAUAUUUCGAAAUAACUGCAAGGCUACAAACAGCAAGGCUUGCCCCAACACCAGAAACAGUGAAUUUCCACCACUGAAUUUUGUAUUGAAUUCAUUAUAGUUUUGUCGUGCAUGUUUUAAUCGCGUUGAAAGACCCGUCCGAUCGUGAAAAGAUGGAUAAAGCAGAGAGGUUAACAAAACGUCAACAAUCUAAAAGGUACAAGAACAAAGAAGAUUUUGUUUUUCCUCUUGAGUGGCUACAUCCAAAACAAGGGCGUCAUAUUGAGUCAAUUGAUUGUCUACUCCACCAUGAUGACCUUAUCAAAGGCACAAAUAUCUCUUCUAUGUCUAACAAAAGAAUACCCAUUGAAGGUUCCCUCUUUGAAAAGAAUAUCACUCAAUGGGAAGGGACUAUUACAGCUGUUAGCAGUGAUUGGCAAGGUACUAUUACAUUUAAAGGGCGCCUGCCGGUUCGGUUUUCCCCUUUAAGCGCACAACCGUCGAUGCCAUCAUUGGGCGAUACGGUAAAGUUCUGCUUGUCGUUUGACGACUUUGGUCUUAGUGCUUGGCGAGUGGUACGCGAAGCAAGGACACAACCUAGUGCACUUUUUGACAUUGUUAGCAGAGACGAUGAUUCUUCGUCUGAGUAUAGCGAGCAAGAAGAUGUGGAAGAAGAAGACUUUCUUGUUGCUCCAUCACUUUGUUCUAUUUACAUCCAAGAGCCUGACAAAAAACACGGCUUGGAUGAGCAGAAAGAUCAGCAGCCGCAAGGUGGGGCAGUCUUAAAAAAACGCAGAAAAACUCACUGGGAUGAGUACAAUGGACAACGGAUGCAAGGUGUACUUUCCUUUACCAAUCCCGAUAUGGGUUUUGGGUUCAUAGAAAACGCAGACGUUGAGGAUAAACUUUUCUUUCACGCUUCGCAACUAAGGGAGCCAGUUACAAACCUCGAAGGAAAUAUUUACAAGGACAUGUUGUUGGAUUUCAAGGUUGAAAAGUUAACUGAACGAACUCGUGCUGCAGAUAUUCGUGUGUUGGAGGUACGAAAAUAUAAAACCUUUUGCCCUAAAAAUAUCGGACCUGGGCUGGGCGUAAGCCAACACAAUACAAUUCCUACUAAUGAAUUUACCUGUUCAAACGUAACAGGUAAAUUCUGAGAAGAAUAUAAAUAUGAAUAAAAUAUUUUUUGUGUUGGUGUAAUGUACUCAGGUGAAUAUGAUGCUUGGGAUGUUACUCUGAGUAACGUCGCAAAGGUCGUAGUUUCGAUUCCCAUCGUGAACAGGCAUAUUUUUCAAGCUUGUCCGGUGUGGAUAUACACUCAGAGUAGCAUCACAAGCAUGAAUAAAAUACUUCUAAACCGAAUAAAGCUAAACAAAACUAAAUAAAAGGAAAUAAAACUAUACUACAUUUAAAAUGAGAAAACUAAUAAUUGCCACCGGUUAUUUUACUACAAUCGUUUGCUUGUUUCUGGUAUUACUCAAUUUAUAUUUGCAUAUAUAAAUUAAUUAAACUAUAGAAUUCAAUAUAUAUAUGCUAUUUUUUGCCAUUCCAGGACAAAAAUCUUCGUGAUGGAAUGCUGGAGAAACUUCGAAUUCGAAAGUACGUAUUUUGCUUGUCAACAAGAUUCGUUGGCACUGCUUGUUACAAACAGCCUGUAUUCGUUUUGUACAACACAACUUGUUGACAAGUUCUUACAUUAUUAAUUAAAAAUGACACUCCUAUCUAGGAAAAAGCAGCUUUCGUGUUCAACAAACAUGCGUGCAAAUGAAGUUGAUACAAGACGCCAACAAGGCUCCGUCGUCAGGUUUGAUAAGGGAUUUGGUUUCAUCAAGCCAGACAACGACAAAUCUGGUAACGAUAUCUUCUUUAGUCGCAGACAUGUUAUCACAAGAGGACAGCUCCCUAAAGUUCGUGACCGUGUAGACUUCUGUGUGAGAAAAGGCUUCGACGGUCGUCCCGAAGCAAUAGACAUACUAGUACAGGUGAAUGUUUAUAUAAAAUUAUCCUUUUUAUGUCCUACUUAAUUAAAGACCAUAUUGCACGUGGGUAAAUAUCAAGAUUUUGGGCCGUAUUUUACUCCGCCUUCCUUCUCGUGGAACAUACCACAAAUGCAUGCAAGAAAGCCAGAAAGACAUUAAAAUGAAAAAUAUCAGAAAAUUGAUGUUCUGUAACAUCACAUCCCUCUUGCAGCACAAUAAUAUCGUGUGACAUAGCCCUUAAGACAUUGGCGUUGUGACGGGGGUCGCUUGGAGGGCUAUAGCCUCUAAAAAUAAAAAUGGGUGUUACACCCCGACCGCCACAAAAAAAAACCCCAAAAAACCGGUUAAGAUUCCAAAUUUUGAAGUUUAUAUAUAAAGAUUGGGAAAUUUAGGGAAAAUUCAGGGACAUGUAUUACUGUAUGGUUGGUCCAUGUUUAGCGUGCAGCCGUAAAGUAACCCAAUUCUUUUUAAAUAUCAAGUUAAUAUCAUUUAUGAUUUAUGUUCAAAUGACUGGCCAUAUUGUGAAUUUUUGCAAUUGUGUUUCUUUUAGAAUAAGUCCAUAUCAAGUAACAGAUGGGAUAAUUUUAUCGGCGCUGGUAUACAGGAAGGUUUCGUGAACAGCACAACAGAUGAUGGUGGAACAAUAAACAAUUCCAAAGUGACAGGACCAAAAAGCAAUUUACAUUUUAGCAAUAACGACAUUCUUAACAAACCAAAGCGAGUUGUUUAUGAAACUAAAGUGCAUUUUGAGGUUCGAAAAAGAGGAGGACGAUGUGUUGCUGUUAACAUUAACGUCAUUGAUACUCCCGAACAAACGGUAAGUUGUUGAAACAUUUUUAUUUUGAGUUCCUGACCCCACACCCUGACCCUAACACCUAACCCCUUAACCGCAACCAGUGAAAUUAACUGCAUGAUGAUAUACAUCAUAGAAAAUGAAUAAGAGACCCUGUUAGCUGAAUUGUCAAUUUGGCGUCGGUUUCUGGUCGUGGUUGCAAAUUAUUUAAAAUACACGCAUCAAUGAUAAGUACAAUCUUUGACAAUAUAGAUUGGGACAAUCUAGUUUUCACAUGCAUUUGGUUGUAAUAUACCAUUUCCUGAUACAUAUUUUCCACCCUCCCUCCCCCCACCCGUUUCAAUGUUGGCGCCGCGCAUCCAGACAUCAGAUUUUUGUUGGCCCAACAUUGAACUGGGGGAACGGGGGGCGCUAUUCCUUUCAAAUUAUAUGAAAUUACAGCAGCUGUCCCAUAGUUUCUGGCAAAGAUUGUAGAUAAAAGAUGAAAAUGCAUUUAUAGUUGAAAAACAAUUCAGUUGCUGAAUUAGGUGUGCAACCUGUUUAGAAGUUUAUCACGCGAGACGCACGCGUAUUUAUGGACGUUUUUGCGCACGAAACUACCGACGAGGGCAGGCAGCCGAGAAGCCCUGGGAACGAGGAUGGGUUUACAUGCAUUCACAGACGCUUAUUUUAGUCACCAGUCUUUUUGCAAAAUAUGUAUAGGUAUAUCCACCAAACACUUGUUUGGGAGUUGGAUAGCUUUUUAAUUAAGUUACUUGAAAACACCUCGGAAAAUGUUUUACUGUAAAAUACCGUAUGAUAACAUCGAAACGUGUAAACUUUUUAUUGAAACAAACGUCCCAAAUAAUAAUUCAAAUAAAAGUUGUACAUGUUUUUCUUAAAUUAUAGAUGCAAUCCGAACUCGGAGAAGCAAGCUUCCCUUCCAAUGACUUUUAAUACAUGCAGGUUUGUACGUAAGAUUAAUUCAGAUAUUCCAAUUUAGGAGAGUUCAUACAGUACGAAUUUCUGUCAAGACCGGGAGGGUCGGUUGAACACUGAUCUGAAGCCGUGUCUAGAGUUACGUCGAAACAAUAAUCAUGCUAACACACUUUUCGUUCGAAUUUACUGCAAAAGGAGGAUCGGAAACGUAUACUAAUAGUGUAAUAUACGCAUUUUUACCUUGAGGAACACACAGCACCAACUAGGGAUAUGUGGUGUCUUGGGGGACACAGUCCCCAGCCAGAGUUCAGGGUGUUCAGGGUUGGUGGGGUUAAAGCCCUUGGACUAAAUUUUAGGAUUUCUAGUCUUUAUUUUUUAGUUCAAAAUCCUUAGAUGAUUAGAUCAGUUGCGUUUAUUAGAUCAAUUGCGGUGACUUUCCGUUUUCUGAAAAUUACUGGUGCAAGCAGCUAGCAUGUGGGUUUUUUUCUGAACGCUUUUUGACGUAUUUGUCUUUUUAGGCAACCAAGCGAAAGCAAGUCUACCGGUGAAGAUACAAUCUCGUUCCCAGAGUAUGCCUGUUCGCGGGUUAUGUAGUGGCAUGACACUACAUAACCCGCGAACAGGCAUACUCUGGGAACGAGAUUGGUGAAGAUACCACAAUUUUGUAAUAUGUAAUAUACAUUUGUACAGGCCAGGGUAACAAUUUACCCAUAAGGCAAUAAAUUAAGGGAUUUUUAGUUGGACCAUUUGUUCAGAAAAUCAUUACGUAAUCAGAUAACUGGAAAAAAACGUGUUUGGUAAAGUAGUCCGGUUUAUUAAUACUGUAAUAGUGUAACUUUCGCCUCCUCUAGCAAGAACAGUUACAGUUAUUCAGUACAUAAAAUAAAGUUAGUUUGUGUAGUUUUUGUAUCUGCCACUUGUCAGGCUUGGCCAAAGGUUUCCUCAGCGUGGAUUGUAAAUAACCAUGUUAUUUUACAAUCCAUGGUUUGAGGUAUAUUGGUAUUUAGACCAUUUUGCUUUUGCAGUUUUGAGUUCAAUAUUUUAUUGCUAAAAUAUGUUGAAAUACUGGUAUACAGACACAGCCUGGCAUUUUAGGUACGCUGGUUUAUUGAGACAGUAUUAUCGAGUAUAAUGAUUCUGGUAACCCCCUGGCUAACAGGCUAAGACCUGACCACCUGAAUUGUAUAAAAUUUUAAUGAAUACAAAUGAGUACACUGUGGGAUACAUGAAGUAUUGGCAAUGUUGUUUCAAGAUGGCGGAAAGUUUAAAAAAUAUUUGUCUGCUCUUUUUGACUCGGAUAUUUUAAUACUUUCCAAACGGUGAAGCUUUUAGCAGUAUUAAUGAAGAGUAAAAGAAAAUAUGUCCAAGCAUCUAAGAGGUACACUUUAUGUUUUUGUUCAUAAUGAAACAAAUAUUAAAACAAUGGUAUAAAGUAGUUUUAUAUAUAAAAUACUUUCGUUUUCGAUAUGCUAUAAAAACAAAUAGUUCAAAGGGCUGGAAUCAGUGGGAACUUGGCUGAUUUUGUUCAUUCUUUAUAUUUGUAUAAAAGUAUAGACAGCACAGAGAUAUUUAUAAUUUAUACACUAUAAAUACAAAAAUGUGCACACUCAAACAUCAAAAUUAUGAAAACAUUUAAUAUAUAAUAUCAAUAAUGUAUAAAACAGUAAACGCUGUGGAUACAGGUCUGAAAGUAUGAAACCAGAUCCUAAUGUGUAAUAUUGUGUCAGCUGCAGCAUGCAUACAUACAACAUUUAUGUUGUUUUAGGCUAUACAAUAAUUUGAUCCUAUCUAUAAGAGCGUCUGUGAGGGAGACUAUAAAUGUGCAAGCCGAGGGGUCUGACACGGCUGAAAUCUCGUACACUCGACUCGGAAAUCAACUGAAAUCAAACCCGAAAUCACGAGAGAUAUAAUAUUAGUCAAUUUUGAAAUCAGAAAUCACUAAAACUUCAUAUUAUUGAGCCCACAGUCUUAUAUGACAGCGGUAACUCAGAGAAAUCAGGUUAGAAAUCACGUUAGAAAUCAAGAAAUGGCAUUAUAAAUCAACAGAAAUCCGUUUAGAAACCAACAGAAAUCAGAUUAGAAAUCAAGAAAUCACGUUUGAAAUCGUGUGAUUUCGAAAUCUCGUAAGCUUCAUGUGGCUGUGUCGGACCCCUCGGUGCAAGCAAUUACAAGUUGGAUGCUCAACCACUUGUCAACCAAGCAUUUGCUUGGAAUGUAGUGAAAUUUACGUAGUGCCAUUUUAUCGUGUUUGACCCAUUGACUCAGGGGCGGCGGAACAGGGGGGGGGCUAGGGGGGCUAAAGCCCCCCAGAAGUAAAAGUGGGGGGGCUUAGCCCCCCCAGAAAAUUUGAAUUUUUGGAAAAAAUUUUGAUAAUUACGGAAAAAUUUAGGUUAUUUUUUGAAAAUUUAGGUAUGAGG